UGUUAUUACAAGCAUGCCAAGAUCUGAAAUCGAACAAAAACUGGAUUUUUACAGGAAAAAAGAUGCAGUACCAAAUACGGUAAAGGCUACCCAAAAUUUGAUGAAGAAGUUUAAUGAAUUUCGGCAUCAUUAUAAUUAUGUCACACCAAUUGAAACUCUUUUAAUUGAGCAACAAAUAUGUGAAUUUAUUGCGCAAAUGACAAAAAAAGAUGGAGGUGAAUACAAAGCUAAAUCAUUAAACAGACAGGCUAUCGAUAGAAUAAAUAGAUAUAUUAACAAAACCGGUGCAAUUCGUGGUCUUAAUUUACAUGACAAGUAUCAAUUUCUGGAUUUACAUGAUAUUUUAAAUGGAUUUGGUGAAAAGGAAGGAUCUAUGGCUUUAACAGCGCAACAAGUUAAAGAGAUUCUUAGUGAUAAUAAAAAUAAUCAACGAGGAAUUCAAGGUGAAAAUGCACACUGUAUUCAGUUACCACCUGAUUCAUCAGAUAUUCCUGGACCUGUUAGCGAUUUUACCAAAUAUAUUUCCAAACGUCCACUAGGUGCUUCUGAUAAUUUCUAUUUGCAACCAAACCCAAAUUGGCGUAAUACUAAUAUUUGGUAUCUUAAAACUCAUUGUGGUUUGAAUCAAGUUGGAAAUUUUAUGAGAGAUAUAGGGCAAAAAGUUAAAGAUACUGAUAUACCAGAGGAUGCCAUUAUGAAUAUUACAGGACACAGAAGUUCACAAGGAUUACGUGCAUAUAAAACUGUUAAUGAAAGUCAAAAA